AUGUGGGUGACGUCGAUGCCGCAGGUGUGGGACGAGGAGGUCGCGGCCAAGGGCGGCAGCGCGGCGGUGACCCCCGCGCCGGCCGCGGCCAUGCUUGGUUCGCUGGCGGGGUGGCUGUCCCGCACCGUGCAGCCGCAGCCGCCCCCGCCACGGGUGUGCGGCACCGAGGGUGGACCCCCCGUGACGGCGCCCAGGCUCAGGCUCCGCGACGGCCGCCACCUCGCCUACUGCGAGAGCGGCGUGCCCCGGGACCAGGCCAGGUUCAAGGUCGUCUUCUCCCACGGGUUCACCGGCUCCCGCGAGGACAGCGUCCGCGCCUCCCAGGAAGUGGCGGAGGAGCUCGGCGUGUACAUGGUGGGCUUCGACCGCGCCGGCUACGGGCAGAGCGACCCCAACCCGAACCGGUCCGUCAAGAGCGCGGCGCUGGACGUAGAGGAGCUCGCGGACGCGCUGGGGCUCGGCUCCAAGUUCUACGUCAUCGGCAUCUCCCUCGGCUGCCAUGCCGUCUGGGGCGCCCUCAACUACAUCCCCGACAGGAUCGCCGGCGCGGCGAUGAUGGCGCCGGUGGUGAACUACUGGUGGCCGGGGUUCCCGGCGGAGCUGGCGGCGGAGGUGUACGCGAAGCAGGAGGUGGGGGACCAAUGGGCGCUGCGGGUGUCGCACCACGAGCCGGGCAUCCUCCACUGGUGGAUGGAGCAGAGCUGGCUGCCCACGUCGACGGUGGUGGCCGGCACGACGCCGCUGCCCAACGCACGCGACGCCGAGAUCCGGCGCAACAUGCAGGCGGACGGCACGUUCCAGCAGAAGCGGGAGCAGGCGACGCAGCAGGGGAUCCACGAGUCCUACUACCGCGACAUGACCGUCAUGUUCGGCAAGUGGGAGUUCGACCCCAUGGCGCUGCCAAAGCCGCCGUGCCCCGUGCACCUGUGGCAGGGCGACGAGGACGGCCUCGUCCCCGUCGUCCUGCAGAGGUACCUCGCCGGCAAGCUCGCCUGGGUCAACUACCAUGAGCUCCCCGGCACCGGACACUUCCUGUCGGCGGUGCCUGGGCUCGGAGACACCGUCCUCAGGACCAUUUUCGGUCACAAGCAGUGA